UAGAGUUACGAAAUGUAACUGCGCAUGCGCAUACACAUUUGCCUCUGACAUUGAGAACGAGCUGCAUUUCCUCUUACUUUGAAUUGGUUAUUAAACAGAUCCGUCAUGCUCGGUGGGAAGCGCAUCGCAGACGCCGGGUAUAAGCUGUUCUCGGGCUCCAUGAUGCUGCUGACGGUGUACGGCGGAUACCUGUGUGUCCUGCGGGCUCAACGCUUCAUGCAGAAACAGAAACAGCUGGCGGCACAGAGCGAGACUACAGAGACCGAACACAAUCCCUGAGCCGGACACUGAUCAUGUCACACGGGUGGGACGUUUCGGGACUCAGCAGAAACACACCUGUGCUCAUGAACCUCGAAGGCUUCGUUUGUCUAGUUCAGCGGCUCUGAAUGAGGUCUCUACUAUGGAAACAGUGAUUUAUGUUGUAAUAUAUUAAAUGUUCCUUGUAAAAUCUA